AGAGAGAGAGAUAACAAGAGAGAGAGAGGGAGAGAGGAAGGAAGGAACUGAAAAACCAACACACUAAUAGACACUCGAGCCAGUGUAGCAGGAAUUGCCACAGAGAAGCUCAGGGUCUUUCCAUGAAAGCAGAAAUAACCUCACACACAGUGACAGUGAAAGGUAAGAGAUACGGGGGCAUCCUCCCUUUUGCACGGCUGGGUGUAUAAUCCGCUCUGCAGACAGAGUGAACAGCAGGGUGGAAGGAUUCAGCACUUAAAAGGAUCUCAGCAUCCAGCGAUGUAUUUUUUGCUGGCCACGUUCACUGACGCUCAGUUCCGGAGAGACUCUGGGAUGCACAUACACUGGAAUGAGGUUUUGUACAUAACAGGCUUUUCAGAUGAGCUCACAUUGUGAGUGACGCAAGAGAAGAGGAGAACCCUUUUUCCUGCAUCUUUGUCCAUCUCAUGAGUAGCCAUGCCUGUUCUCUCACCUACCAAAGGUUUACAUGAGAUGCUAGCCCUCCUCACCUCACAGCUGCAUCCAGAAGCUAAUCAUAAGGAGGACCUGGUCUUCCUCAGAGAGGUGUUCAGUGAGAGGGGCCUCAGCAAUCUUAUGAAAAUCCAUGAGCGACUGAGGCAAUUCCAGCUCCAGAGCCCAUCCCCAGUGCUCCACAGCGCCUACUGCCUGGCAGAGGACGUUACUGAGGAGCUGCAGAAUGGACCACUGGAAGAGGAUGAGAGAGAGCUAUUGAUGCUUCUGACUGCUCCACAUGUGAAGGCAGUGCUGACAGUACAUGACACGGUGGCACAGAAGAACUUUGACCCCAUGCUCCCACCUCUGCCGGAUGAUCUGGAUGAUGAAUUGGAGGAGGAAUCUGUGAAGAUUGUGCGUUUGGUGAAGAACAAAGAGCCUCUGGGUGCGACCAUCCGCAGGGAUGAGGUAACAGGGGCAGUGGUGGUUGCUAGGAUCAUGAGGGGCGGGGCUGCAGACCGCAGUGGUCUGGUGCAUGUUGGAGAUGAGCUAAGAGAGGUCAAUGGAAAUCUCAUCAUACACAAACGUCCAGAGGAGAUCAGUCAGAUUCUGUCUCAAUCUCAGGGCUCAAUAACUCUGAAGAUAAUUCCUGCCAUUAAGGAGGAGGACAGAUUCAAGGAGAGUAAGGUCUAUUUAAGAGCCUUGUUUGACUACACACCAUUUGAGGACAAGGCCACACCCUGUCAGGAGGCCGGACUCCCUUUCACACGUGGAGACAUCUUGCAGGUGGUCAGCCAGGAUGACCCGACAUGGUGGCAGGCCAAAAGAGUCAGAGACAGCAACCUGCGUGCCGGCCUCAUUCCCUCAAGACAGUUCCAGGAGAGACGACUGAUGUAUAGGAUUAAAAUGGGAACAUAUCAGAGCCCUAAAUCACCUAGAGCAGCACCAUGUGACCAGAAUAGUGAAAAAGAGGACUGUGACAGUGAGGGCAGUGGCAGCGGGCAGCACAUAGCUGGUCUUAGGAGGAGCUUCAGGCUUAGCCGCAAAGAUCGCCAGGGUUCGCCCACAGAGUCUCACCCUGCGGAGUCCACCGAGUUCUUCAUAUAUGAAGAGGUGACUCUACAUCAGAUGAGACCCCAAGAUAAACCAAGACUUGUUGUGCUGAUAGGCUCUCUUGGUGCUCGGAUCAAUGAGCUGAAGCAGAAGGUGAUUGCUGAGAAUCCUCAUCGGUAUAGUGUCGCUGUUCCACACACAACAAGACCCAAGAAGAGCCAUGAGAAGGAGGGUGUAGAAUACCACUUCACCUCCAAGCAGGCCUUUGAGACAGACAUCCAAUCUAAUAAGUUUAUUGAAUAUGGUGAAUACAAGAGUAACCAAUAUGGGACGAGUCUGGAGUCCAUUCGGAGCGUUCUGGAGAGAAAUAAAGUGUGUCUGGUUGAUGUUCAGCCUGAGGCCCUUAAAAUCCUUAGAUCGGCAGAGUUUAAGCCCUAUGUCAUCUUUGUAAGGCCGCGCAUCCCUGAGAGUCGUCGGCUGCGUAGCACUAGCACAUCACCAGUAAGGGGUGAUGAUGGACACAUCACGGAUGAAGACCUGCAGGACAUGAGACAGUCUGCCGAGCAGAUGGACCAACAAUACGGCCACCAAGUGGACAGGGUCCUUAUAAAAGAGGACUCUGCCAGUGCCUGUGCGGAGCUGAGGAAUAUUCUGGAACGACUCGAGAGGGAGCCGCAGUGGGUGCCAGUCAGCUGGGUCCGAUCCUGAUCCUUCCCAUAUUCAAACACUUGCAUAGGUGUAAUGAAAACAGAACAUCUCUGCCUAUAUCUGAGUCUGCUGUCUGUCUGUUUUCCUUUCCUCCCUUUUGACUGAGGUAAUACAAAGAAAUUGUUGUUCUGCUGUGAUAUUGAAGACCUUUAUUUCUUUGAUUUUGCAUUGAAGUAGCAUUGAAAAAAUGUGUCACUAAAAUGCCCCUGAUGUGACUGAUGUGCUUCUUUCUGUUGAGUGAGCUGCACAUAACAAUAUCAUGAUGGAGAGAAAUGGAGGAUAGUACCACGUGAAUUAGGACAACAAUGACUUGGGUUUACUCACAGUGUCAAAGAUGUUUACGUCAGGAAAAAUGUUAGUCAUGUGAAGGUGUCUUGGUUUGUUAUCUUCUUCUUAUGCUGGCUGUGUAUAUUUAAUCGAAUGUAAAUGAGAAUGUUGAAAGAUAGCAUACUGCAUAUUUGCAAAUAAUUUCAAUGUUUAUAUCUGUGCAAAAACAAGAGGCAAUAUUUCGUAUUUGGUCAUCAUCUGUCUAAAUUUUGGAUGUAAUUGUCAAUGUUUUUUGUACAUUGUCAAACUGAUGACUGAUGUGUUUUUGUAUGAUGUAAUUCACUAAGCAAAUGCUACAUUGAAGUCAAAGAGCAUUAAGGCAUGUUCACAUAUUUAAGGCCAUAUAGCAAUGUCCAAAAUGUUAUGUUCCCUUUAGGAUUUAUGGAGUAUUUUUUUUAAUGUAAAUUGUUAUAAUAAAAACAUAUUG